UAAACGUCAGUUAAUUGCAAUAAAACAGUCAAUCUGGUACAAUAUCAAAUAUAUCCGGAGGAUAUUUUAUAGCAAUUUAAUUCGUCCAAAUAAACAAAAAUGAGCGAAUUAGUAUGGGGAAUCAAAAACGGUGACUUAGAUCAAGUGAAAGAUAUCGUUGAGAAAAAGGCUAUAAAUUUGAAUGAACAAAUCGACGGUAGGCCCCCAAUUCACUACGCUGCAGAUUACGGCCAGAAAGACGUUAUAGAAUAUCUCAUUUCUGCAGGAGCAAAUGUAAAUUCAACUGAUAAACAUGGUAUAACCCCAAUCUUAGCUGCUAUAUGGGAGGGACACAAAGAUUGUGUUAAACUCUUGCUUGACAAAGGUGCCAAAAAAGAAGGGGUGGCUCCUGACGGCAAAUCUUAUUUGGAAUCAGCUGAGCACAAUGAAAUCAAAGCACUACUAGCUUAGGAUAUAGAUUCCUAGAAAUUUCAUUCGAAUUGUAUACUUAAGAAUUUCAGGUACUAUCUGAUUUGUACUUCCGAUGGUUUUAUAAGUUGAUGAUUAUUAAUUUUAUCUUUUCGGAAGAAUCAUAAUUUUCUAAUCACUAAAAAAUUCAGAAGUAUAAUUUGUAUUAUUGAAGUUGGAAGUGAUUUUUAUAGAGUUACACUUCAUCCUUACUAUUGAGUGGUAAAAGAUCUACAUUUAUUUGAAAUCUCUUCAAAUAUUGAAAUGGCUAGUUUUGUGAGUUGAACUCAGUAUUUUCUUGUGAUUCCAUUUAUACUUUUACUUUAAAAUAUAUAAUCUGUAUAUUUUCUUUAUGACUGUAAUGGCAGGAUUAAAUAAAGAAAUUUAUUCUUU